AUGUCACCGACUCAACGAUGUUUCGCCACAACACACCACACAAACACAUACUGGACUGAAAAGUUUGGCAUGAUUAAGAAGGAUGAUAAAGCUUUAUGCAUUUUCUGUUCUGACAUAGUUGUUUGUAGAACUUCUUCUGUAAAGAGACAUUUUGAAAAUGGUCAUAAGAACUUAAGCAAUAAAACUGAGGAGGAACAAAGAGAACUAAUUUCUCGUGAACUGAGCAAGGCAAAAACACAAGCUGAAACUUUUAUGAAUUAUAUUUCAGGAAGGCCCAGUUCCAACUUAGUUGCUGCUAGUUUUGAAGUUUCAAAAGUUAUUGCCCAACACGGAAAGCCUCUCUGUGAUGGGGAGUAUAUUAAAGAGGCUUGGCUAGAAUGUGCACCUUUUCUUUUUGACAACUUUUCAGAAAAGAAAAAGAUUAUUCAGCGCAUUAAAGAUUUGCCUGUGAGUAGGAAAACAGUUAAGGAUAGGAUACUUAAGUUGGAAAGAAAUACAGCUGAACAAUUGACAAAAGAUUUGUCUUCAUGCAAGUUUUUUUCUAUUUGUGUUGAUGAAAGUACAGACAUUACAUCAUCAGCUAGGCUAGCCAUAUAUUCUAGAUUUUGUAGGGGUGAUGAAGUAUGUGAAGAGAUGGUUGCUCUUGCAUCACUACCUGAGCGUACUACCGGAGCUGAAAUAUGUAAACAGUUGUGA